AUGGUCGACGUAAUCGCCGAAUAUGAGGACGCUAUCAAGACGAAACAGGCACUUGAGGAGGAAAUUGAGGCCAUUGCAACGGAAUUAACCUCGGAAAAAAACCCAGGGUUACAUGGAUCGUUGGUAGAUACUGAAGGCUUCCCACGCGCUGAUAUUGACGUGUAUCGCAUCCGGCAGCUCCGUCAUUCAAUGGCCAUGAAGCAGACGGACCAUCACCUGAUAAUGAAAAAGAUCGAGGAGCUUUUACCACAGGUGUUUCAAGCUCGUAGUGGUAAAUCGGAGUUCAAAACAAGUAAAACUCCUCAAGUGGCUAAAGCUACUGCUGCUGCUGUGCAGUCGCUCAGGACAGAAGAAAUAACAGCACAAGAAAGAGAAUUGCAGCCUUUUGCCGUCGUUACAAGUGUGGAGAGAGAAUCUCCGGCUGAAAUGGCAGGACUGCAAGUGCAGGAUCAAGUGCUACGUUUUGGCUCAGCUGAUGCGAGUAAUCACCGAGAACUGGCAGCUGUGAAGGAUAUUGUGCAACGCAAUAUUGGCAAUGGAAUCCAUGUCUUGGUACGUCGAGAGACGCAACUGGUGGUGAUGGAGCUCGUACCACAAACGUGGAGUGGUCCUGGAGUAUUGGGAUGUCUACUACAGCCACUGUAA